ACGGAGCAAAAAGACGAAGCUUUGGUCACUCUUUUUAAAUUGUCAUAGUGGUGUGAUGUGAUUGAUAAAUUCAAAUAUGUCUCCAAUACUCGCUGUCAAAAAUUUACACGUGAAAUAUUGGAUUUUUUUGGUAACUCUGUCAGCCACGUUUUGUGCAGCAUUUGAAGGAGCGGCACCAAAUGCAGGUCGCGUCAUUCCCAAUCAUCUGAUAGUAUGUUACGAAAACAAAACCCUAUACGACAGAGCAACUCGUCUUCCGUCCACCAUGAGCUCACUUAUUGCUUUGAUCGCCAAAAUCGAGCGUGCGGGAGGCCUGAAUAUGGACAUGCGAACGUUGACAGCUGCUCUUUUAUAUCAAUAUCGCGUUGACGGCAUUCAGAGAGCACCAGAGAUUGCGUGGGCGCCGGGAGUAGUUCCCUUUGCCGCAACUGGUCGCCAGCGCGCCAAGUACCGAGUCUUGAAAGAAAACCUGAUACCGCCUGGCAAUUUUUUACCGGAUGAAGGCCUCCGCGACUUUGAAAAGUGCUCGCUUCACUUCAUGCUGUCAAGCUCGGUCAGUCCUUGGGAGCGAGGCGAUGAGUACGAUAUUUGUCCCCUUCAAAUUGGUGGAAGGAGUAUCGACGUCAAUGCGGAUAUGAAGAAGCAGUCCAGGUAUAAAAAUAGGCAGACUGUCACAAAAUUCUCUAAAAAAAAGUUUGAAAAACGCAGAUCUUGGAGCGAAUGGCCAGAAGAUAGCGAAAAGCCGACGGUCAGGAAGGCCAGCGUGAGCAGGUGUCCCAUCGAGAACGGUGUUCUUUGGACGCCAUGGGGUAGCGUAAACGCAGGAACUGUGCUGGCCUCGAUAGCAGCCGCUCUGCAGCCCCAGAGGGUUCCGUUGUCCAUGCUGAUUAGGGGACUGUCUUCCGGAGAGGAGCACUCAGAAGCCCUGGACAACAAAUGGGCAGCUUCCUUGGCAGGAGAUUUGGCUGAGGUUGCCGUGUAUCAAGGUCCGCGAGCUAUGGUUUUUGAAAAAAUGAGGCUCGGCCCUGGUGGACAGUGGAACGACACGGCGAUCCCUAGAGCCAUGUACAUGGAUCCUUGGCUGGGAACGCAGAACGGCUGGGAGCAGGAUAGCUGGGACAUGACCGAAUCAGAGCUCCUUGGAGGAAUUGACGGAAUCAUGCUAGCCCAAAAUUUGCCGCGGUGGCUGGAUCUGCAGAGCAAACUGAGACUGUCACAAGUUCUCGACAUGUAUUACUCAGAAAGGGGUGUAUGCUUUGACACUGAAAUCAGAGCCUGCCGACGGCAAGAUUUAUACAAGCAGCACAUUUCAUUCGACACAUUGAAUGAACAAACACAAAACUUUGUGACCGUUUUGUAUGACCAUACAAAUGAAGCAUUCCCCAUGGAUGCGAGCAUGUUAAACAAAUUUGCAAAUGAUGCUGUUAAAGCUGGAAUUCGCUUUGCAGAAAAUGUUAUGACCAAGGACUCUGAGCACUUUGCGUGUCCGGAAUAUCCUCUGCCAAUUCCUAGGGUGGAAGCACUUGUAGUCUUGGAUGGAUCUUGGACCACUUGGGAAGCUCAACGGGUGGUUGGGGUAUUAGACAGAAGUAUUGAUGUAUCCGAAUUUGGAAGCGAGAUAGCAGUGAUGAACGGCUACACUGGUGCAAUGAUGGUCAAUUUUACCAGACUAUCAACUUACUCAGUUUUGAGAGUGCAGAACUCGACCAAUUGGCCUAUUGGAUUGGAUUUAGAGAGGACGAUACGUGAAGCAAAAAAGAUGUUCCUGCACAAACGAGCAGUGCAGGCGAGGAGAGGAGAGAAUGUGGCUGCUGCCAGUCGAGGCACAGCCGUCGUUGUGUUGGCUCCGACUGCCACCAUUAGUCAAAGCGUAUUGAAUAACGCAAAAGAAGAGUUUAGAUUGUUUCAUGGUUUGCUGCCAGACGUUAGGUUUUUCUUCGUGGUUUCGAGGAACAAAGAAGAUUUUUACCAAUUCGUUGAAGAGCCGAACGUGGAUAUUAUCCAUGUGGCCAGCAACGAAAUGGACAGCUACAUGCCAAAAUUGGUUGAGAGAUUAAGAGCUGUUCCCGCUCGAAUCUUGCCAUCAAUGUGCCCUUCAUUGGUGAAGGAUUCUUUCUUUGGUCAGGCCCUGAAAGAUUGGAUGCCGGUGGAACCAAAGGGACCUUUGUUUGAAGACUACGUCUCUGUGGACGACCCGCGCAUAUACAAGAUUCCGAAGGAGCAAUUAGUCGGGACUAGCAAAGUGUCGAUCACGUUCAAAAACGCCAAUUACGGUGACCUGAUCCUUUGUAUUUCACGCACUCCACCUGAGAGGGAAAAGGAAAGCCCGCCGCUGAGUGCGUUGCAAACACCUCCAGAGCAGGAGUCGAGAUCUCUGGGUGACGAGGUGCAGGAAAGGUGUUACCCGUUGAGAGCCGGCAAGGAGCACACGUUUCAGAUAUCCCAGCCGUGCUUUGACUGGGACCUGCAGGCGUGUAAACCAAUAUACUUCUUGCUUCGUGUCGAGGCCACGGACACAAACUGCCUUGAAAAAGACUGCCGAUUUCCUAAUCAAGUAAGAUUCUCAUUGCAACAUUUCGGGUUGAAGCCCUUGCCAGGAUGUCCGUGGGAAGGAAAUUUUGCAUUUGCCAUCACCCCUAAUGCGAUUGUGUUGGUGUCUUUUCUUCUUUUUUAUUUUACGGUAGCUGCGUGAGUGUGUGAUGUGAUGAAAAUAUUUAUUAAAACCCUAUCUACUUGA